UUACUAUUGACUAAUGCUCAAUGAGAUGAUAAUAUGGCACCGACAUGAAUGUUGUGUAGCUUAUACUUAACAGAGGCCGCUCGACGGUUCAAUUAUCGCAUGUAUAUAAGAAGCUUCACAAAAUAAUAGGAGCAAAAUUAUUCAACAAACCAAGACACAUGACGAAAGCUCACCAACCAAUCGGUGGCUAUAAACAAAGAUUAUGUUGAGACUUGAAGGAGCUGCCUCUACGUCUAAAGGGUGCUGCAUUUUAAAGAAAUCAUUUCCUCCUAAUUUGAGCAGUUAAUAUCACAACCGAAAUAAUAUUCAACAAAUAGAAAGAAACACAUAAUCACUCACAAGCAAGGUUCUUGUUUAGUUGUUUCAUGACUAGUCUGAUCACAUUUACAAAGCUUAGCCUAGUUGGAGUUAGCUUCCAAACCUUUCGGUUAUACCAUAACGAAGAUCAGCAUGGUGUGCCAAACCUAGCGAAGUAAAACUCAGGUGCAUAGAUUAAAAGCUAGCUAUUCCAGAAAAUGGUAAAAAAGAAGAAAAACUUUGAGACUAAUAAGACCAAACGAUUAAAAAAUGAUAACAUGGGCAUGAACCAGCUACAGAGGUCAGUGAUUGUGCUGGAGUUACUGCACCAUCCAACAACAGUUCUGGUUCACAGACCUUGUGGUGUAAAAUUUUUCCUGUACCCAUUAACAUGUACGUAACAUUCCAAAUGGGAACUCUAUACCCCCAUGAAAAAUAGUAAGGGAAAAGGAGAACAAAAUUUGAUCUCUUUCCUUAACAGUAAAGCUCAGAGUAGAAAUAUUUGGCUUAAGGUAGCUCUCAUGCUCGUGUGUAUAUAUUACUAAUAUUUCGAACAAAAACUGUGGAUUUACUAGUCUCCUUUUCAAGCUGAAUUGGUACUCUGAAAGUCCCUAUCAGUAUUUUCCUCAAAGCUUUUGUAUGCAACCUGCAGUCAUCCUCUACCUAAUUCAACAACACCACCUCCCUCUACAAGCUUCUGUCUUAGCCUCUUUCAAUUACUAUAUAUACAUAUAUCAAUGGAUUUCAACUCUGUCUCAUCGAAGAACAUUUCACACUGCAUUCAAAACAUUCAGAAUGGCAGCAGCGUUGUCUAAAAGUUUUUGUUUGGGUUAUUAUUUUCUCUUACUCUGCUUAAUUGGAUUCAUUUCUCAUCCGGCCAAAGCUGCUGUUAAGAAAUACCUGUUUGAUAUUCAAGUGAAAAAUGUUAGCAGGCUGUGUCAUGCCAAGCCGAUUGUCACAGUAAACGGAAGGUUUCCAGGGCCAACUGUAUAUGUUAGAGAAGGAGACAGAGUUCAAGUGAAUGUCACUAACCACGCGAAAUACAACAUGUCUAUUCAUUGGCAUGGGCUUAAGCAAUUUCGUAAUGGCUGGGCAGAUGGACCUGCUUAUAUAACACAAUGUCCAAUCAAGACAGGACAUAGUUACACCUAUGAUUUUAAUGUAACAGGGCAAAGAGGAACAUUGUGGUGGCAUGCACAUAUCUUUUGGCUAAGGGCUACUGUCUAUGGUGCCAUUGUUAUCAUGCCUAAACCAGGAACCCCAUUUCCUUUCCCUCAGCCUCACAGGGAAGAAACCAUAAUUUUAGGCCAAUGGUGGAACAAUGAUGUUGAAGAGAUUGAAAAACAAGGGAGCAAGCUGGGAUUGCCACCAAAUGCAUCUGACGCGCAUACCAUUAAUGGGAAGCCAGGGCCGCUCUUCCCAUGCUCUGAGAAACAUACAUUUGCCAUGGAGGUUGAACAGGGAAAGACAUACCUCUUGAGAAUCAUCAAUGCUGCACUCAACGAUGAGCUUUUCUUUGCAAUCGCUGGUCACAACAUGACUGUGGUAGAAGUUGAUGCAGUUUACACCAAACAUUUUACCACUCAAGCAGUACUGAUUGCACCAGGACAAACCACAAAUGUUCUUGUUCAAGCAACGCAAUCACCGAACAGAUAUUUCAUGGCUGCUAGGCCUUUCAUGGACGCUCCACUUACUGUAGACAACAAAACUGCCACUGCUAUACUGCAGUAUAAAGGCAUCCCGAACACUGUAAUCCCUAUCCUUCCCAAGCUACCGGCACCAAAUGACACUGCUUUCGCACUUAGCUACAAUGCCAAGCUUAGAAGCCUAAACUCUCCACAAUUCCCAGCAAAUGUGCCUCUUAAAGUUGACAGGCAUCUUUUUUACACAAUUGGUUUAGGAAUAAAUCCAUGCCCAUCCUGCUUAAAUGGAACACGACUCACUGCUUCCUUAAACAACAUCACUUUUGUAAUGCCCCAAAUUGGCCUCCUUCAAGCUCACUACUUUAACACCAAGGGAAUAUUUAGGUUGGAUUUCCCAGAUAACCCUCCAUCACCAUUCAAUUACACUGGUGUACCACUCACUGCAAACCUCGGCACUACACUAGGCACAAGGCUUAGUAAAAUUGUCUAUAAUUCAACUGUGCAAUUGGUACUACAAGACACCAAUCUUCUCACUGUCGAAUCACACCCUUUCCACCUUCAUGGUUACAACUUCUUCGUUGUUGGAACUGGAAUUGGAAACUUUGACCCUAAAAAGGACCCAGCAAAAUUUAACUUGGUUGAUCCUCCCGAGAGAAACACAGUUGGGGUGCCUACUGGUGGAUGGACUGCUAUAAGGUUCAAGGCAGAUAAUCCAGGGGUAUGGUUCAUGCACUGUCAUUUGGAGCUACACACAAGCUGGGGAUUGAAAACAGCAUUUGUCGUCGAGGAUGGAGUAGGUCCAGAUCAGUCAAUCUUGCCUCCACCUAAGGAUCUUCCUCCUUGCUAGCAUUCAGAACCAAACAUCUCAAUUUAAAAUGUUUGAAAAGGAUGGCUAACACUCCUUUUGAGUUUACAAUCUCCAUGUGACAAUUUCUUGAUUGCUGAAAGAGCCGCCAAGUGUAAAUGGGAGAACUGAAUUAAGCUAUUGUUUCGGAUUCUUUGUAAUUGAAACUUGUUAUUGUUGAAUAAAUUUCUUUUUCAUGAUA